AUGGCGGGGCCCAUCUUCAACACCGAGCGCCAUGUCAAAUAUUAUCUCCGCUGUCUCAAGACCUUCCUCCCCUCAGCCUAUAUCUCCAAUGACUCGAAUCGCAUGCUUCUCGCCUACCUGACCCUCGGUGGCCUCGACGUUCUCGGUGUUUUACAAAGCAAAACGACCCCGGAGGAGCGACAAGGGUACAUUGACUGGCUCUACCAUUGCCAAGUGCCUUCAGGCGGCUUCCGCGGAUUUUCAGGCACAGACUUUGGCGAUGAGAAGCGAACACCAGAUAAUGAGGCUUGGGAUCCGGCCAAUGUCCCCGCGACCUUCUUUGCGCUGGUCAAUUUACUCAUUCUGGGCGACGAAUUGACGCGCGUGAAGCGGAGGGAAUGCCUGGAGUGGCUACCGAAGCUGCAACGUGAAGAUGGAAGUUUUGGUGAAGUUUUAGGUCCCAAUGGGACAGUCGAAGGAGACCAAGAUCUACGAUACUGCUGCUGCGCGUCAGGGAUACGUUAUAUCCUACGAGGCCAAUCUGGAAAGGGUGUAGAGGAUGUACCGGAUAUUAACGUGUCUAAAUUAAUCUCAUUUAUCGAGGCUUGUCAGGUAAAUAUCUCCAUCUGUCAAUCUAAUCGUCUGAGCCUGACUGAUCGCUUUCCCUUCGAGCAGAGCUACGACGGCGGAAUGGGCGAGUCGCCUUUUCGCGAAUCUCACAUUGGAUCUCUGCACUUUCUGCGUCAGGGAACAGAUAAAACCCCGUCUGACCAGCUGCUGUCUCCGGGUUCGGCGAAGUUUGAGUCCUUGGUAGGCUGGCUGGCAUCGCGGCAGACGGACAAGUUGCUCGGCGAGGAGGAUGAACAGGAGGACGAGGCGGAGAAAGAUACUGAAGAGGAACCACCCGCCGAGGUAGAGGCACUGACAGGGACCGAGUCGGUAGACGAUUUGAUCCGUGGACUAUCGAAUAUGACCCCCUUGUCAGGCGAGACGAUAUCUUGCGCCGGGUUCAACGGGCGAUGCAACAAACUGGCAGAUACUUGCUACUCCUUCUGGAAUGGUGCGGCUCUGAUGAUGCUGGACCGAUAUGGCGUGAUCGACGAUGCGCGGAAUCGGCAAUAUCUCCUUGAAAAGACACAGCACUUGGUCGGUGGGUUUGGAAAGGGUGUUGGAGAUCCUCCAGACCUCCUUCAUUCGUAUUUCGGCAUGGUCUCGCUGGCAUUCCAGGGUGAGGCUGGACUUGCUCGGGUUGAUCCUGCUUUGGUUGCGACCGAAAGGACUGUCGAGCACUUGAAAUCGCUGCCUUGGUGGUCAUAA